CCUUAAAGUUUUAGUUUCAAAGAACAAGAAAGCUCACCAGAAAGAUGCUUUUACUGAAGUUUACUCUUUUCUGCUUGCUGUUGUCACUGAAAACAGCUAAUGCAGGUUAUGUGCUCCAAGUAAAAGCAAUAUCAUGGAAUGGUACUGGCUAUGAUGCUGCUGGAAGAUGCUGUGAUGGUUACACAUGGAAAUGGUUUGAAUUCCAGUGUGACAAAUCCUGUGAAAACAGUUUUCUCUUUUGUAUGCGGCCAUUUGGUUACAACAGAACAAGUGAGCACUGCCCACUUGGCAGCUACCAGACUGGAAAUCUUGGGUCUAAUGCAAUUGGUUUUAAAGCACCUCUCAGUGAGGGUAUCAGCAAUCCAAUGAACUUUACUGGAUCAACUUGGAGAGGCUCAUUUCAGCUUUAUGUAAAAGUGAUGGAUGAUGAUGCAAACAACAAUGCUGACGAUUUAGUAGACAAAGUUUACAUUCAGUUUACUUCAUUGCAGAUCAAUUCUGCAUAUACUGUUGCCUCUUCAUACAAUGGUAGCCAUGGGGGAGGAGCUAUCACUCUAAAGUUUCGUGUUCUAUGUCAGGAGAACUAUUACGGACCAACUUGCAGUACUUUUUGUAAUCCAACAAAUACCAAUGGGCUAGGACAUUACACUUGUGAUAACACUGGACAAAAAAGAUGCAUAGAUGGCUGGAAAAAUGAGACCAAUAAUUGCUUGACAGCUGUUUGCAUCAAGGAAUGUAACCCAGUUGGUGGUGUUUGUUUAUUCCCCGGUAACUGCAUAUGUAACCCUGGAUGGAGUGGCAGUGAUUGCUCAAACUGCACAGAGCGUCCAGGCUGCCUCAAUGGAUACUGCACUGUUCCAAAUGAGUGCAUCUGUAACAGUAACUGGGGUGGCUACAACUGUUCUAUCGAUCUUGUGCCAUGCAAAAACAGGGCUCCCUGUCAGAAUGGAGCUAAUUGUACGGACACUGGUGCUGGUGGGUAUGUGUGUGCGUGUGCAGCAGGAUAUACUGGGAUCAAUUGUGAAACUGAGAUUAACGAGUGCCAGCCGAAUCCCUGCCAGAACAGUGGCAUAUGUACAGACAAGUUGAAUGGGUUCACGUGUACGUGUUCACCUGGUUGGACUGGAUCAACUUGUGUGAAUAAUAUUAAUGACUGUAGCCCAAACCCUUGUGUUUAUGGAUCAUGCACAGAUGGCAUAAACUCUUAUACAUGUUCUUGCAUAUCCGGUUAUACUGGCCCCAACUGCACUGUUAAUAUUGAUGACUGUGCCCACAAUCCUUGUCUUAAUGAAGGGAUUUGCAUUGACGGUAUCAAUAGUUAUAGUUGUAACUGUCCAUCUGGAUAUUAUGGCAAAAACUGUGAAGCAGUUCUUGAUAGAUGUGCCAACUCACCAUGUCAAAAUGGAGCUAACUGUACUGACACUGCUAAUGGCUAUGUAUGCUCAUGCUUGCCUGGAUAUACUGGAAUAACUUGUCAAUUCAAUAUAGAUGAUUGUGUCCCAAACCCUUGCAAUAAUGGAAUUUGCCUGGAUUUAAUUAAUGAUUAUUAUUGCACCUGUGCUUCUGGAUGGACAGGAAAGAACUGCAGUGCAAAUAUUGAUGAUUGCACUCCUAACUCUUGCUUUAAUGGAGGGACUUGUAUUGACGGUAUCAAUAAUUAUACUUGCUCAUGUGCUCAAGGCUAUGAUGGAAUCAGCUGUCAGAUCAACAUUAAUGAUUGUGCUGACUCCCCGUGUCAAAAUGAAGGCACUUGUGUUGAUGGAAUAAACAGCUACAGGUGUUUCUGUCCUCCUGGGUAUUACGGAGUACACUGUGAGAGUGUCACAAGCAGCUGUGCAUCAUCCCCUUGUUCAAAUGGAGCUACGUGUGUGGACAAAAUCAAUGGAUAUAGUUGUGUGUGUCCAACUGGAUUUACUGGAACAAAUUGCUCAGUUGAUAUUGAUGACUGUGAAUCGAAUCCUUGUAUUCACGGAGCCUGCAAUGAUAGCAUCAAUUCAUUUACAUGCACAUGUGAUACUGGAUAUAAUGGAACUCUGUGUGACAGAAACAUCAAUGACUGCAUACCUAAUCCUUGUAAAAAUGGAGGAAACUGCACUGAUGGAAUUAAUUCAUACACAUGCACAUGCCCAUUGUUAUACACUGGAAGUAAAUGUGAUAUACCAAUCAGCAUUUGUUCUUUAAAUCCGUGUGAAAAUGGUGGCUCAUGCGUAAUCACUGAUGAAGGCUUUGCCUGUCUAUGCCCUUAUCCUUAUACUGGGAAACUAUGUCAGAUUCAUGUUAACGGUUGUCAAUUAAACCCAUGUAGAAAUGGAGUCUGCUUUAAUACACCAAAUGGGCAUUAUUGCUUGUGUGAAAAUGGCUAUCAAGGCACUAAUUGUCAAAUACAUCUUUGUAAUCCGAACCCUUGCAAUAAUGGUGGACAGUGCUCUAUUUCUGGUAAUAGUGCAGUCUGUCAAUGUCAGCCUGGCUACACAGGGACUACUUGUGAAAUUGAUGUAAAUGAGUGCCUACCAAAUCCCUGCAUCAACGGAAAUUGUAUUGAUCUCAUCAAUGAUUACCGCUGCUUAUGUUAUCAGUAUUACAGUGGAAGAAAUUGUGAAGACUUUUACAAUUCGUGUGCAUCUUCUCCUUGCCAGAACAAUGGGAACUGUACCAAUCUACCAAAUACAUACAACUGCUCCUGUCCACCUCUUUACACUGGAAAGAGUUGUGAAGUUGAUUUGACACAGCCUUGUAGUUAUAAGCCCUGUUUAAAUGGUGGUACUUGUUCUUCAGUGAAUAACACCAAUAGGUUUCAAUGUAGCUGCCCAACAGGAUAUUAUGGAAUCAGAUGCCAAAAUGUGACCACAAUUAUCAGUGGACCAGUUGAAACUGAUGGAAAAGUUGGUAUGUCCAAUGGAUCUGUUGCUGGUAUUAUUGCUGGAUCGAUUGCCUUUGUAAUUUUAAUUGCAAUACUAGCAAUUGUACUAGCACUAGUCAUCAGACACUAUUAUUUAUCAAAAUCAGACGAGUCAAUGUUUGUUGAUUAUACCCAAAACAGAAGUGGCAACACCUUGAUGGCUGAAAACCCUUUGUAUGUUCCUCCAGAGUCUAUAGUUGAUGAUUCCAGUAGUGUUGCUGGUAGUGCAUUCCAUCCCUAUGAUUCACUCCACUAUUAUGCUAAUACUGGUCAAUCACAGAGUGAUGAACCUGAGUAUGCAGUUCCUCGUUAUACUGGAUCAUUCAAAAAAAGAUCCAGUGACACUGGAAGUGAAGACUCAAAGCCCUGAUGAUGCAUCCAUGCAUACUCAUUUUUAAAUUUUCAAUCUCUUUUCAAUCGCAUUGCAUUAACUUCCUUAUUUACUUGUGGUUUUGUAUGUAUAGAAAUAAUAAUAAUAAUAAUAAUGAACAAUAGAGCCAUUCAAUUCAAUA